UCUUGACUCUUGAUAUACCACGAUAUCAACACUGUAAUAACACCGUUAUUUUAAACAAACCCAUACGAUAUUUUUCUUUGUGCAAUAUAUAUCUUCGCGCGAUAUUUAACAAUCAUAACUAAACUCGUUCAAAUUGGAUAAACUCGAAAAUGUGUUAAAAUCAUGGUCAAUGGUGAAAACUGAAAACUCAACGCCAAAGAGUAAGGAUAUAUAGGGAUAAAUAUAGGGAUAUAUAAUAAUAAUAUAUAUUCCUCUGAUACUCUACAUUAUUAUUGUCAUAUUUCAUUCAAAGAAUAUGUCCCUUCCAACAACAUUUAUACAACAAUUAGAUGGUCAUCAAGGACCUGUUAGGGCUGUUCGCUUCAAUACCAAUGGUAAUUACUGUCUGACUUGUGGUGGGGACAAGUUAUUAAAAUUGUGGAACCCAUACACUGGCGUAGAGCUGAAGGCUUAUGGUGGUCAUGGUUAUGAGGUUCUUGAUGCAGUUGCAUCAAAUGAUAGUGCACGAAUUGCAUCCUGUAGUGAAGACAAAACUGUAGUGUUAUGGGAUGUUGCAACUGGUCAGAUUGUCAGAAAAUUUAGAGGCCAUAUUAGUAGAGUUAAUUGUGUCCAGUUCAAUCGUCCUGACUGUUCACUUGUCUUGUCUGGAUCCUAUGACUCGACUGUUCGUAUAUGGGACACAAAAUCACGGAAUAUGGAACCAAUUCAAAUUCUGGAGGAGGCAAAAGAUAGUGUCACAUCCUUGUACGUUUCUGAACAGGGAAUUUUAACAGGGUCAGUGGAUUGUAAUGUACGUCGAUAUGAUAUCAGAAUAGGAAGAAUGACUGCAGAUCAUCUUGGUCAACCUGUGACCUCUGUAACAUUAUCAAAGGAUGGCCAAUGUGUAUUGGUGUCAUCGCUUGAUAACACUGUACGAUUACUUGAUAAAGAAACUGGAGAACUACUGAAUGAAUUCAAAGGUCACAAGAAUGAGAAAUAUAAAGUAGAUUCAUGCCUAUCGCACACGGACAGCGAGGUUGUGAGUGGAAGUGAAGACGGUAUGAUCUGCUUCUGGGAUCUGAUUGAAGGAAAACUCAUACACACAAUAAAGAAAGCGCAUAAAACGACUGUGUAUUCAUUGUCUUAUCAUUCUGAGAAAGCAGCGAUGCUUUCUGCGUCAUCUGAUGGAACAGUCAAAUUAUGGCAGGAUAAGAUGGAAGACGAGUGAAGGUACUGGAAACUAAUGUGGUUUAACACAGCUGGAAAUUGAUGUAGUUCCUAAAAGAGAUUCCUUAAAUAAACGUGGUGCCUCAGUGUAGGUAUGGUACAAAUUCUACGGUCAAUCAAUACGCUACUUUUCGUGGUUUUUGUCUGAAAACAAAAUACCUCAAAUGUCCUGAUCCUGGUCCAAUGUAUCAAACACACCAGGCUCGAACAGCCUAGACCCACGUCUGACGUUCGAUUAUUGUUGGAAACAAGACUUAACAUGUUAGAAUUACUGCAUGGGGCUCGAACUGGCUUAAUUGACUUGCAUUUAAUUGGUGAAUCGUGGUCGAAUAAAUGUAUCUGAUUGCUUGUUACUUUCACAAUGAUCUCUACGUUUCCUAAGACAGUUUACUUUCAUUUGAAAUAUUAAAUAUUAUAGCAAUUCCGUGCUCAAUUGUUUCGCUAUUAGAGACAGGAACAGAAACAGGAAUUCUUUACCACUUAAAAUACCUCUGCUUCGUCCACUUGACGUAUUGUUCUCUAAAUAUAAUUGCCGCCCUCUUAACUGCAUGGAUAGAUCAAUAUAAUUAUUAAUCUAUUGAUGAACAA